AUCUAAAUAUGCAAAGAUUAAAAUAUUAAUUAGGGAUAAUUUAAAACAACUAAGAAAUUUGCCACCUUCUAUUAAUACCUCUCAAUCUUCUCCAUGUGCAAGAAAAUUACCCAAAGAUCAUUUGCCUGAUUGUCUCAAAUACCAAACUUACAAUUCUGGUGUAAUACGACCUGCUGCGAUCUUCAUAAAAGCUAUCAUUGCCUCUGAUCAUGAUUUGUCUAAUAAAGUUGAAAAUAUUGGUGACAAAUCUGAUCAGAAAAAAUUUCCUUAA